GUAUAAUCCGCGACACAUUUUGUCAGCAGCCACCGAGCAUGGGUCCCUUUGGUAAUAGAAUAGCCAAUGUAAUUUGACACUUCAACUUACUGUGCUCUCUCCGAGUCUAUUCAGUUACUCACCCACUGACGCCGAGCCCAUUCUCAGUGGCCGCGAGGGGGGAAGAUAUUUAAAAAAAGCAAGAGUCGAAAAUUACCGAGGACUUUCUGCGCUUAAUAACCCGGGGCAGAAGAAUUGAGACACUGGAGUGUUUCUCCUCCUGGUGUGUGAAUGGGUGGGGGGGUCCUUAGUGGUGAAGAGUCAAGGAUUGAAAAUAACACAGAAGUCUCCAGUUUAAUGGCUGGCAGGUAGAGGCCAAAGAGGGACAAUCAACAUGAACUCGAUUCCGUCGAUGGACAGACACAUACAGCAGACCAAUGACCGUCUGCAGUGUAUCAAACAGCACCUACAAAAUCCAGCAAAUUUCCAAACAGCAGCCACAGAGCUGCUGGACUGGUGUGGUGACCCCAGAGCCUUCCAGCGCCCCUUCGAGCAAAGCCUGAUGGGAUGCCUAACGGUGGUUAGCCGCGUAGCAGCGCAGCAGGGCUUUGACUUGGACCUGGGCUAUCGGCUCCUGGCUGUGUGCGCUGCCAACAGGGACAAGUUCACUCCAAAAUCAGCAGAAACCAGCUGCUGCAGGAGAUGUCAGUCUGACUCAGCCCUCCUCUCCUCGUGGUGUGAGGAGCUUGGACGCCUCCUCCUCCUCCGUCACCAGAAGAACAGGCAGAACGAGCCUCCAGGAAAAGUGCCCAUGCAGCCCCCCAUGAGUUCCAUGAAGCCCAGCCUCUCACAUGGAGAUGGGUCUUUUCCCUAUGACUCAGUUCCCUGGCAGCAAAACACCAACCAGCCUCCCGGUUCAGUGUCUGUGGUGACCACCGUAUGGGGUGUGACCAACACUUCCCAGAGCCAGGUGUUGGGGAAUCCCAUGGCCAACAGCAACAAUCCCAUGAACCCUGGUGGUAACCCUAUGGCCUCGGGUAUGUCUGGUAACACUCCAGGUAUGAACUCUCCUCAGUUCCCCGGUCAGCAGCAGCAGUUCCCCAACAAAGGCAACUCAAACCCGGCCUAUAUGCAGCAGGGGAUGUACGGUCGACCCAACUACCCUGGAGGAGGAGGCUUUGGUGGCAAUUACCCUGGAGGGCCGAAUCCUGGACCCGGUGGAAUGGGCAUCCCUCCGCACUCCCGUCCUCCCUCUGACUUCACCCAGCCUGCCGCUGCUGCCGCCGCAGCUGCAGUUGCUGCUGCAGCCGCCACCGCAACUGCCACUGCAACAGCAACUGUAGCUGCCCUGCAGGAAACCCAGAAUAAGGACAUGAACCAAUAUGGACCGAUGAGUUCCUCUUUCCAGAUGGGGCCAAAUCAGGCAUACAACAGUCAGUUCAUGAACCAGCCAGGACCCCGCGGCCCUCCAUCCCUUCCUGGAAACAUGGGCACAGGCAUGAAUGCAUCCAACAUGAGCGGGCCUCCAAUGGGAAUGAACCAACCCAGGGGCCAAGGCAUGGGGCCUUUUGGGGCACACGGUCAAAGAAUGCCUCAGCAAGGCUAUGCAGGUCCUCGGGCUCAGGGCAUGGGUAUGCAAGGCAUAAAAAGACCGUACCCAGGGGAGCCAAACUAUGGUGGGCAGCAGUAUGGACCAAACAACCAGUUCCCUAACCAGCAGGGCCAAUAUCCCACACCAAAUGCCUCCAGGCCGCUGCCAUCCCCCAACUACCCUGGCCCGAGGAUGCCAGGACAGCAGCUGCAAGGCCAAUACCCACCACCCAGUGGUGCCAUAGGCCAGUACUAUAAGCAAGAGCCACCUUUCAAUGGCCAAACAAAUAACUUCUCUGGGAGUGGCUAUCAGUACAACCAGGGAAAUAUGAAUGGGCCUCCAAGGCCAGUUGGGAACUACCCUCACUCGCCUGUGCCAGGGAACCCUACUCCUCCAAUGACACCAGGAAGUAACAUCCCUCCGUACCUGUCGCCAAACCAGGAUGUGAAGCCACCCUUCCCUCCUGACAUUAAACCAAAUAUCACCGCACUCCCUCCCCCACCAGCAAGCCACAACGAGGAACUGCGUCUGACGUUCCCAGUGCGGGAUGGAGUAGUCCUAGAGCCCUUCAGGCUAGAACAUAACCUGGCUGUCAGCAACCACGUCUUCCAUUUACGGCCCUCUGUACACCAGACACUCAUGUGGAGGUCGGACCUGGAGCUGCAGUUUAAGUGCUACCACCACGAAGACCGUCAGAUGAACACGAACUGGCCGGCAUCUGUCCAAGUCAGCGUCAACGCCACGCCGCUCACAAUCGAGCGGGGAGACAACAAGACCUCCCACAAACCCCUGCACUUGAAACAUGUAUGCCAGCCUGGAAGGAACACGAUCCAGAUCACAGUCACUGCCUGCUGCUGUUCGCACUUGUUUGUGCUACAACUGGUCCAUCGGCCCUCAGUUCGCUCUGUCCUCCAAGGCUUACUGAAGAAGAGGCUUCUGCCUGCAGAGCACUGCAUCACCAAAGUAAAGAGGAACUUCAGUAGCGUGGCAGCGUCGUCGGGCAAUACCACAUUAAACGGGGAGGAUGGCGUGGAGCAGACAGCCAUCAAGGUUUCGCUCAAAUGUCCAAUCACCUUCCGGCGAAUACAGCUUCCAGCAAGAGGGCAUGACUGCAAACAUGUUCAGUGUUUUGAUUUGGAAUCAUAUUUACAACUGAACUGUGAGCGGGGGACAUGGCGAUGUCCUGUAUGCAAUAAAACUGCGUUGUUAGAAGGACUCGAGGUGGACCAGUACAUGUGGGGAAUCCUGAAUGCUAUUCAAAACUCUGAGUUUGAGGAAGUGACAAUUGACCCGACGUGUAGUUGGCGGCCGGUGGCUAUAAAAUCAGAAAUUCACAUAAAAGAAGAUCCAGAUGGACCGCUGGCAAAGAGGUUUAAGACAAUGAGUCCCAGCCAGAUGAUCAUGCCUAAUGUGAUGGAGAUGAUAGCUCAGCUUGGCCCCGGACCCUCACCAUACCCAUCGCUUCCUUCUGGGCAAGGAGGCAAUAACAGCGAAUACGGAAGCCAAGGCAACAGUUACCAGAGCCAUGGGAACUUUGAUUUCCCUCACGGGACCCCUGGUGGUACGUCGAUGAAUGACUUCAUGCAUGGUCCCCAGCUGUCUCACCCACCUGACAUGCCCAACAACCUGAUGGCACAAGACAAGCCACUGUCCCACAAUAUGCCUGACACAAUACCUCAUUCUGUUGGCAAUGACCAACCGCAUGGUCCACUGCAGCAGAGUUUACACGCGUCUCCACACCCUGGGAGCCAAUCAGGGCAGCAGCUACACCACAGCGGGCCUCCUCAGCCCUCACGACAAGCUCCACCUCCUCAACAACAGCAGCAACAACAGCAACAACAGCAGCCCGGCCCCAACAACCACCCUCACAGCGACCUGGCCUUCAACCCCUCCAGCAGUUUGGACAGCCAAGCAGGGUCAGACAUGCCUGAGCCGUCCUUAGACCUUCUUCCAGAGCUCGCUAACCCAGAUGAACUGUUGUCCUACCUGGAUCCCCCAGACCUCCCCAGCAAUAGCAACGAUGACCUUCUAUCGCUCUUUGAAAACAACUGAGGCGAUUCAGAAACAUAUAAUCACUGACUGCUGCAGUUUCCCUGAGAUCCCAAGGCGGUCACUCAGUACUUGAUAAACACAAAGAUGCACUCCCUUUCUCUUCUUCCUCUUGUACAACUUUCAUUCGCCAGCACAGAUUGACUGAAAGAGGUUACAACUCAAAGACACGGCAAGGGUUUUCCCUGCCCUCUCACCCAGAGGUGAUAACUUUGAACUGUGCAGCUAUACUCAGUUGAUUUUCUUUUUUUUUAAAUGUCACACACAUGUGUAUGUGUGCUUAUU